UCCCAAACCCAAAUGCACCCCAUUCUACUCUCAAUUCAACCCGCUCUCUUAUUCCCUCCCCCACCAUCUUCACAGCCUUCGUCUCUCUCUCUCUAAAGCUCAAAGCUCAUAUUACUCUGCUACAUCUCUCUCUCUGCAAAAACCGGAACGCCCCUUUGCCCGUAUGCAUGGAAUGACAGAUUAUCGGAUAACACCGUCGAUGAAUCUGUGGACGUCCGAAGACAACCCAUCGGUUAUAGAGUCUUUCAUGAGCUCGGAUCUCUCGUUCUGGCCCACGCCUCCUCCCCCCCCUCAUCAGGCUCAGCAGCUGCAACCUCAAUCCUCCGCUUCCACAUCUGCCGACCCCACAAAGGCCCUCCCGCAAUCCCAGCCCUCCGGGGCGCUCUUCAACCAGGAGACCCUCCAGCAGCGCCUUCAAGCACUCAUCGAGGGUGCCCGUGAGAGUUGGACCUACGCCAUCUUCUGGCAGUCCUCUUACGACUAUUCCGGCGCAUCCAUCUUGGGCUGGGGCGACGGCUACUACAAGGGUGACGAUGACAAGUCAAAAGGGAAGGCCAAGACGACGUCGUCUGCGGCAGAGCAGGAACACCGCAAGAAGGUGCUCCGCGAGCUCAAUUCUCUGAUCUCAGGCUCCGCCGCGUCCGCCGCUGACGAUACCGUCGACGAAGAGGUCACCGACUCCGAAUGGUUCUUCCUGGUGUCCAUGACUUAUUCCUUCGUCAGCGGCGACGGCCUCUCCGGCCAGGCUUUUUUCAAUUCGAGUCCGGUCUGGGUAGCUGGAGCGGACCGCCUGACCGACUCGCCGUGCGAACGCGCCCGUCAAGGGCAGGUAUUCGGUCUUCAGACCAUGGUGUGCAUACCCUCGGCGAACGGCGUCGUGGAGUUGGGCUCCACGGAGUUGAUUUUACAUAGCUCGGAUCUGAUGAAUAAAGUUAGAGAUCUCUUCAAUUUCGACAGCCUGGAAAUGGGUGGUUCCUGGCCUGUUACCGACCAAGGCGAGAACGACCCAUCUUCUCUCUGGAUUAACGAUCCCACACCGGCUGCUCCUAUGGAGAUCAAAGAUUCGCUUAAUAGCACUACUGUACCAUCGGUUCCUGGCACCACCAACAUCGGCCUUCAGAUUUCAAAGGCGAUUCAGUUUGAGAACCCUAGCUCCAGUAGUUUGACAGAGAACCCCAGCGCGAUUCAUAUGCCAAACACUAACCAAAACCACCAGCAACGCCAGCAAUCGCAGACCCAGAGCUUCUUUACCAGAGAGUUGAACUUUUCGGACUACGGAUACGACGGUAGUAGUGUUGUGAAGAAUGGCAAUCCGAAUCAGUUGAAGCCAGGAUCGGGGGAGAUUUUGAAUUUCGGGGAGAGCAAGAGGAGCUCCUAUGUUUCGGGCCAUUCCCAGUUCGUCGCCCCGGCGGUGGAGGAGAAUAACAAGAAGAAGCGGACCCAAUCGAGGGGUAGUAACGAAGAGGGGAUGCUUUCUUUUACGGCAGGUGUCAUUUUGUCGAACGACUGUGUGGUGAAGUCGAGCGGCGGCGGCGGCAUGGCCGAUUCGGAGCAGUCCGACCUCGAAGCGUCGGUUGCUAAAGAGGCUGAUAGUAGCCGAGUCGUAGACCCGGAGAAGCGGCCUCGAAAACGUGGUCGAAAACCGGCAAACGGGAGAGAAGAACCUCUGAAUCACGUGGAAGCAGAGAGGCAGAGAAGAGAGAAGCUCAACCAGAGGUUCUACGCUCUCCGUGCGGUUGUUCCGAACGUUUCGAAAAUGGACAAAGCGUCCCUUCUCGGGGACGCAAUAAUGUAUAUAAACGAGUUGAAAGGGAAGCUUCAGAGUACGGAGUCGGACAAGGAAGACUUGCAGAAGCAAUUGGAGGGAUUAAAGAAGGAAUUUGCCGGCAAAGAACCCCGCUAUCCGGGCUCCGUACCUUCCCCUCCGCUGUCGGAUAAAGACUCAAGGACAUCGAGAUUGAUAGACUUAGAUAUCGACGUGAAGAUAAUCGGAUGGGAUGCGAUGAUCAGAAUCCAAAGCAGCAAGAAGAACCACCCGGCGGCAAGGCUGAUGGCAGCUUUGAAGGAGUUGGACCUGGAUGUGCACCACGCCAGCGUUUCGGUUGUGAACGACUUGAUGAUCCAACAAGCUACGGUGAAGAUGGGCAGUCGGUUUUACAAUCAGGAGCAACUCAGGCUAGCGCUAUCGGCCAAAGUUGGAGAUAGCCGAUAAGCAACCAGAGCAGAGCAUUGGUGGGGGAACUGGGAAAGUAGGGGAUAGAGAGCUCAAAUGAAAAAAAGAAAAACUUUGAGAGCAGAGAUUCUGUGCUAUUGGGGUAGUGCUAUGGGACAUUUUAAGGCUCCCGGUAGCUGAGAGAUCUAGAGAGAGAUGAUCUCUGUGACAUACACUCUUCUUCUUCUUCUUCUUCCUCCUCCUCCUCUUUUGGUAGUCUAUAAUUCUUUAGUAGUAUAGUUGGUGUUGAGGUUAUUAUUCUAAACUUUUGAGGAGCUAAAAUAGUGAACAAUUUUCAACUUCCAAGGAUGAAGAUGCUUGAAUAGCUCCUCUUUUUUUUUUUUCCUCUUCUUCUUUGUAGGUUAUUUUUGUAUGUUGUCUAUAUAUGUGUAUAUACAUGUCAGUAGAUUGAUGUCUAUUAAAAGUGUGGUUUUCUCGCA